AUGAAUCUCGCCAGAUUCCUCACGGGGAGUCUCUCCGUUCUUCUUUUCAACCUUGCGCAAAUCCAAGCAUGCCCACCCCCGGAGCAAUAUAUGCCUCCAUUGAGACUUGCUGGAUCUCCGGAGGCAGAGCUAUGGAGCCGUUACUCUCGUGGUUAUAUUGAAAACAACAAUACUCACACCGAUCUCGAGCCACGGUGGGCGCGAGUACCCGAAUCUUCUUCACAAUGGUGGCCCAGUGCCUCUAUUCUCUACUGUUAUGCAGACGGCGCCGAAGAAACCCUCGACAACGACCUUCGUUCGGCGUGGGAUAUCUGGAUCCAAGCCGGAGUUCCAAGCCGCUUCGUUUUCAAGCAGGGGACCGAUGCUGACUGUGCGGCAAGCAACGUAGAGAACGUGCUCACGGUCAGCCUUGAUAGCGAGGCCAAGCUGAAGACAUCCCUUGGGAAAGUGAGUGGUGGCUCAAAAAUGAUCCUCAAUCCAAGCACGGCGAUUGGCAUGGAAAAUCCAAUCUGGAACUACGCGCACGAAAUCGGCCAUGCCUGGGGCCUCAUGCACGAGCAUCAGCGGCCUGAUCAAUGGGAUUCGAACCACGGUGGCACCGCAAGCGACAACAAGUUCAUAUGGAACUGCGAGAAUCUGGACGAUUAUGAUACCAAGGUAGCGAGCUUGGGGGAAUUUUCGAUUAAUCAGGUUUGUACGAAGCGUGCUUCCGCGGCAGAGUUGAACUUUUCUGCCUUGGAUUAUCUUCCAACUACCGUUCGUCAAAUGGAAAAUUCAGGAACAGUCGACUACGAUUCAAUCAUGAUGUAUCCAUCUGUAGCUGGUGGGAUACAGACCGAAUCAGGGCGAAAGACGGUAUAUACCUUGGCCGAUGGUACUGCUAUUGGGUACAACAACGUACCUACCGUGAACGAUGUGGACAAUUUGAUUGCUAUGUAUCCGGCCAGUUCGUCGAGCAGUACAACCUGCUUCUUGUACCAGAAGUGCAGCCAGUACCUCACAUCUUUCAAGUCCACUGUUGGUUGUAUGGUUGCCGAUGACGAUGAUUGA